CGAAGAUUAUAACAAGUGGAUUUGACAAGUAACUCAGCCCAUGAGAGUGAGCCAGUGAGACUGUUUUGACUGAAGUGAUAGCAUAAUGGAUAGUAUCCAUCGAGUUUAAGAGCAACGGCGGAUUUUAGGAGCCCAGCCUGAGCACUGCUAUCAUCUGAAGUUGGAUAUCGCAAUCACUGCAAUGACUGAGUCCUCAAAUCUGCCUUUAGGGAGGAGAAUGAAGGCACGGGCCCCACCUCCGCCGCAGGUCCCUCAACCCGCCCCACGCCACAUCUUCAGAAACGCUGUACCUGAUGGGGGAGGGACCUCGGGCAUGGACGCCAAGGAGAACAUGCUAAGGCCCACUGUGGAUUUACAGCUAACUCUCCCACAGGGAUACCAGACUUCUGUAACUGAGGAUGGCAGUAAGGCGCUGAUGGACCUUCUGGUUGAGCUGUGUAGCCGCUACCACCUGAAUCCAGCACUGCACACCCUGGAGCUGCUGUCGCCCGAGGGCCACCCUUUGGGGUUCAAGCCCAACGCUCUGCUGGGCUCCCUGAACGUGGCCUGUGUCCUCAUCAAGGAGAAAGUCUGGGAGGAGAAAGUGGUGCGCAGACCUGCGCCCAAAGUGCCAGAGAAAACAGUGCGUUUGAUGGUGAACUACCACGGUAGCCAGAAGACAGUGGUGCGGGUCAACCCGUUGGUACCACUCCAGGCUCUGACACCAGCCAUCUGUGACAAGUGUGAGUUUGACCCUGCACAUGUCCUGCUCCUGAAGGACGGCAUCAGUCGCCACGAGUUACCGCUGGAAAAAUCUCUGGCAGAACUGGGGAUCAAGGAGCUCUAUGUACAUGAUCGCAGUCUAGUUCUCCAGCCUAAAAUGGCUUCUGCCCCUGCUCUUAACUACUCAGACUCAAUUCGCUCCAGUACCACCAGUUUGGGCAGAGCAGAGAAAAAAGGCUUCCUGGGUAUCUUCCAGUUCAGCAGGAGGAAAUCAAAGACAGAGACAACAUCUGUGGACAUGGAUGACUGUGAUGAUACAGUAAUCGAAAAUACUGACACACAAUCCAAUGGUCUGUCCUCAGUGUCCAGCGUAGAAGACCGACCCAGUACCUUGGGUCAGUCUCAGUCGGUCAUGAAUAUGUCCAGGAUGUCUCCCAAAUCUGAAAGCAAGAAGAGGAGGGCCCCUGCACCACCGGAGGCCCCGACACCCAUCAUGGGACACAUGAGCUUCGAGGGCUAUCAGAUGGCUCUUGGCUCAGAAAGCCAGCAGAGGAAAAGAAAGGCUCCAGCCCCUCCUCCCACCCCAGCAUCCAUCACCCCGGGCUUUGAUGACACUUCAACUUCUCCUUCUCCCACUCCUGAUAGCCUAGCUAUUGAAACACCCACCCCAGCCCUCCGCACCAAGGUGGCACAGUCGGUUCCAGCCUCUUCUACCAUUGUGGUAAUGCAAACAAUGAAACCCGCCCCCUUGAAAGUAGCAAUACAACCUGCCACCCCAACCGCCAGCUCCCCAACCCCAAGCAGCAGCACCACCGACAGCCUAGCUCUCCAGGAUUCCAGCUCUGACCUCAGCCACAGCCUUGAUGACUCAGAUGCUGACCUAGACCAGACUGGCUCCUACUGCAGCACCCUCACCAGCAGCACAGUGAGCGGCUCUGUGCGGGUCCAGCCCGCUACAAAAAGCUCCAGCAGCAGGAUGGAGGAAUCAGAGAUGUCGAGCAGCACGGCUACCAAAUUAAAUAAAGAGGUGACCUCAACCAGCAGCUCUAGGUCUGAGAUGGAGUCGGCCCUCAACCUGAAACUGGAUGAAGUUGAGAACAACAGACACAGUGCAAUGGCCUGGCUCCACUCCAUGGGGAGCUCUGCAGCCAGUGGCCAGAAACCAGAAACUGAAACACCUGAGGAGGAAACUGUGUCCCUGGGCAGCAGCAGUGGUGGCAGCAGCCUGCCUGACCAGGGUUACGCCGCCUCAGAGGGUAUGGCAGACGGCGAGGACUCGGGCAUGGUCAGCUCUCCAUCUGACACCCAGCCCACAUCCCCGGAUGGGAGUUUGUCUUUGGAUGGAAGUAGCGGAGGCGGAGGAGAGAAACUGCUGGGACCAGUACGGGACAAUUCCAGCGAUAGUGACGAGGGAUGUGCCACCUGGGGAUCAAGACACAGGCACAAUGACAUCAGUUCACAGGCAAAGUCAGGCAGGUUCAAAGACAGCUAUGAAGACCCAGAGCUCACAGCCCAGCUCCAUCAGACUUUGGCAGACUUUGAAGCCAACCUUGCAGACCACAUUGAUAUUGUCUCAGUGAAGGAGACUCCCUAUACCAUGUCCACAGACAGUAAUGAGGUGCCAGUGUCCGUAGUGGACAUGGAUGUGCCAGUCACAGCCAUAGAUGAAGUGCUGGAAGACUAUGAAAGUAACGUUGUAGAAAAUGAGGCAAAGGCACUGAUGAGGACUGAGUCAGCUGGCAGCAAAGGUCCAGAUUUUUGUCACCAGUCCAGCACCAAGCCACAGAACAAAAACAACAAUGCUUGUACAGCUGCUGACAGUAAUAAAAGCAGCAGUGCAAAUACUAAGCAGCCGUCUCAACCUGAACAGCACAGGGAGUCACUGGAGAACAAGUCUAUAGGUGAUGAAAAGAGAGAAAAGAUAACAGAGACAAAAAUUAAAGAGAUGAGUGUCACUCAGACCGAGAGUGUUAAAGAGGAGAAGCAAAGAACAACAUCAGCAGUGAAAUCUAAUGCCGACAUGCAGAAACAGAGCAAAAGCACUGAGAUCAAAUCUGAUCCUGUAAAAAACAACGCUCAAUCUUUUCAAGAGAAGAAACCUGUUCUACCACCAACCAGUCAGAGAUCAGUGUCUGCAGAAAGAGUUGAGGAAGGGCACAGAGUUUACCAAAAUAACUCCAGCUCCAAUACUUCCCACGGUAAAAUCACUCGCAACGUCACAUCACGGUUCGGUAUGAAAACGUUCACUGUGGUUCCUCCCAAACCUUCUGCCGUACAUGCUGCUACAGGAGAUCCAGCCGUCAAAUUUAUCGCAGGCGCCAUUACGAUUGACGAUCAAGGAAACAUGGUGAAAGGUAUCUCCCGGAACAAAGUUGGUGGUUCAUCAGAGUCAGGGAUUAAUUGCGGCGAGGGGUCUCCUCUUCAUGGAAGAGCCAAACUUUUUUGGAGCUCAAAUGAGAGACAAGAAAGUCCUGUGCACCACAGCAAAGGUCAGAUUAAUAAGGCGAAGGAGAACAUGGAUGGCCUGAGAAAUACUCCCACUGUAAUUUCAGAAACUCCAUUGAAGACCAGUAACUCUGAAUACCUGAAAACAACACAAAGUAUUAUGUAUAAACCUGCAGAGAGAGCCCAGCCUAAAGAGACAGUUAAAGAAAAAGCUAAAGAACCAGUGACAGACAUCCAUGUUGCAAAGGAGGAGCGGGUGGAGGUAGAGAGCAAGAUUUCAGUGUCAACAAACAUUCAGCAGCCAAGCUGUAAACCUGCCCUUUCCCCUCCACUCCUUCCAGACCUGAAAAGAGACCUGUCCUUCCUCAAACCAUCCAGGCGAACCUCAAGCCAGUACGUGGCAUCUGCCAUCACUAAAUACGCCCCAAAAACCUCAGAUAAACCCAACUCCAUCUCUAAAGUCGCUGACUCCUCUGCCUCUGUGAAAACACAGACUGUUGGCUUCCAGAGAUCUGGUCGGUCCAUACAAGUGAAUCCACACCCAUCUUCCCAGUCCUCUUUGGCAGAUAAUAAGGAGAAUGACUCUGCUUCUAAACCCAACCCUUCUGGUCCUAAGAGGUUAAUGAGCUGUCCAGAGUAUGUGUCAGAUAGCCAGAGAGAUUUUGGUGAAGCGAGACCAGACAGUGUUGGAUCGACCAAAGGAAGCACUUCUACGCUGGAAACAGAAACAGCCAAGAAUAAGCACAUUCAGUCUAGUGGCCCUGUCCAGAUAAAUGUGACCGCCAGCAAUGACAGAGACGCUAUUAAACAGAUUUGGCCCAGAAGCUCCAACCCUGCACAAAGCAGUCCUCUACACUCAUCUGCCAAACCACCCACAGCCCCAAAGACCAUAUCCCAAGGCCGGACAAAUAACACAAGGGACAUGACGAAGGCAGCCACUCAUCUCACACCUGAUGUGAGACCACAACCUUCUGUCACAGUAUCAGACCGCGGUGAUGUACCACAGCCGGUGACAGUGUUUGGGCCACUUAAGAAGUUCAGACCGGUGAUCUGUAGAUCUGUGGAGAAAGAGACAUCUCUGCACAGCAGCCUGAUGGACGCAAUCCAGACAGGAGGAGGCAGGGACAGGCUGAAGAAGAUAUACAAUUCUGGUCCCAGUAACAUGAAGAAAGCAUCUUAUGUUGAGGAGGAGAACGAGAGGUCUGCUCUUCUGGCGGCCAUUAGAGCCCAAAGCAACUCCAGCAGGCUGAGGAAGACCAAAUCUGAAGCUGCAGAUGAGCUUGAGAAGUUCAGGAAGGUGGUCUCUGAGGAGGAGAGAAAUGCACAUCCCCCCUCCUCUCCCUCUCCUCCCUCUGUGACUUCCCCUUCCACUUCACCUCCUGUCUUUACCCCACCACCACCGCCACCACCAGCGCCCACGGCCGCACCUCCACCUCCUCCCCCUGUCUUUCCCCAGGGUAAGCCUAGCGCUGCGGCACAUCCAAGUGCUAACGCCCCCGCGAACCCUGCCUUGGCCAGGGAGGCUAUGCUGGAGGCCAUUCGCUCUGGAUCAGCUGCUGAGAGGCUGAAAAAGGUUGCUGUGCCCACAAAGACAGUUCAAGUGAAUGGGAGACUGGGAACAAUCCAAGCAACCUCCUCAGCCCUCACCCAGCAAUAAGAGGGAAGCCCACAUCACCGCAACCAGGAAUAAUUGAUCAAAUUCCAUUUUGGUUUUCCGCUUUUUGCCAUUGUGCUUUUGCAGCAGACGCUGAGUGAAUGUUAUUUGAACUUCACAUCUCUCACUAUCAGUCCGGGGCCUUAGGCUUAAACUAUUGCAGUUUUUAAAGGAACAGUAAUGCAGGGAGACUGUUAUUUUCACUUAUAUUAUCUACUUAUAUGUUUUUUAUAUAAAAGCGGAAUGAUUUAAACAUUUCCUCUUGCAAAAGGAAUGUUACUUUGUUAGCCAAACACCUGCAACAUCUGUCUGAUAAAGGUGUGAUAGGUGAAAGGUUUGCAGUUAAUUCCAUCCAUGAUAUCAGAUGUUUCAGCUCCUAACAUAAGAAUAGCUUACUGGAACAUGUUUGUGUUCAGUUCAUCUUUAUAACAUAGUGUUGCUCCUAAACAUAUCUUGCCACCUGUACUUGAAUUUAGUAGUUUUAACUGGAAUGUUGUAAAAAUGUGUGCCAAUGAAAGAAAAUUUAAAUAGUUUAUGCUACUUUCAUUUUUUUUUUUUUUGUUCUGAUCUUUUUUUAUUUGCUUUUACCACAGAAAGUCAUGGAUGCCUUAUACUGUUGCUCAGUGUUACGUAUAUGAUGUUUGCUGUAUAAAUUCUAUGAGGGGUGCAAUAAGUUGGAUCUGACAAUGUUUCCAGAUUCAGUCAAUUUAAUAUUUGUUUAACCAAUGAAGAUUAUUGAAAUCUUAAAUACCCUUAAGAAAACAAUGAUUAGAUCCAUUGGAAAUGUUUUAAAUAUAUAGAUCUGGUCCAUGAUGCCAACUGCUACAGUUCCUGGCUCUGAGGAGUAAGAUGGUAAAGACUGACUAGUGCCUGUUAGAUCAUUACUAUGCUCCUGUUUUGGCGUCUAACCUUAAUUUGUGCUGCUGUUUAUAAUCUAAAGACAUUGUCAAAUCUGGUCAGUACCCUGUAGAAAUGCAUAUUUGUACAGGUGCAAUAUGAUUGACCAUGCCUUUUUAUGUUUGACAUAUAUUACAUAUUAAGAUGAACCUUUCCUUUCAUUGACAUCUCAACACUUUAGAAGCAUUAUUAUUUAAGUAUAUCAAUGAUGGAUGCCACAAUGAGCAAAGAGAUUAGUUUAUUAAUGGCUAUGUAACACAAAAAAGCAGUUGUAGGGAAGCAGAGGUUUAGGUUUAGGUCCUUAUUCUGUGGAGAGAGGACCCCUGUAUUAAAUGUUAUAGUUAUGGAUAAAGUAGGAUGUUCACGCUAGAAUGAUACAAACCUAUAGCAUCCAUAUUCAGGUGUAAAUGCUUGCUGCUGUGUAUUGUGACUAAAGGGAGUUGCAUUUAGUUUUAUAGAGAUUUAUUUUAAUUUAUGCUCACUUUCAACACUCAAAAAAAAUAAUUUUACUGUUGUAUGUUUUAUCUUGAGAGUGAAAACCUUAAGAGCUUUUCUAUUUUUACUUUCUCUAACUAGAAAGAGUUAUUUCAUUUCUGCUAGUAGAUGGUUUCAUCUACACACUAUAGCCUACAGCACAUUGUAGCACUGUAUAUUUUGUAAACUGAAGAAAGAUCAUCGCUGUGAUAGAUUUGAUUUAAAACUUUGAUAGAAAGCUAUUCCACCGGUAGCAUGAAAAUUUUAUAAGCUAUUGCUUUUUAAGUUUUAAUUGCACAUUGUUUUUUCAGAAGGUUGCACAGUUAUUUUUGUCUACCUAAUUUUUGAUUCAAUAAAUAAUUUUGUAAU